UCUGGGCACUCCUGGCUGCGGGUCUUUAUCCUCGGGACGAGCCGCUCGGAUGCCUUUCUGAGACCCUCUUGUAUGAUCUGCGGCGCAUCUUCACUCUCAGCCUCCAGUCGUGAUCUCCUGCUCUGAGCUGGCAGGAUGGGCCCCGGCGGCGGGACUCUGGGCUUCAGGACAGUGGCGCUGCUGCUGUGCGCCGCGGCGCUGUUCCUCUCGGCGGAGAGCCGCAGGGCCGGGAAGCAGCGCUCCCGGUGCCCCGGGGGAUGCACGUGCACCAAAGAUAACGCCUUGUGCGAAAACAUCAGGACCGUUCCGCACACCUUCCCUCCAGAUGUCAUCUCCUUAUCCUUCGUCAAGUCUGGAUUCACUGAGAUCGCUCCAGGAAGCUUCCUGCACACACCAUCCCUGCAGCUUCUCUUGUUUACAGCCAACACUUUUGACUCCAUUGAUGAAGAUGUGUUUCAGGGCCUGCCACAUCUGGAGUACCUGUUUAUCGAAAACAACAAAAUCAAGUCCAUGUCACCUUUGGCCUUUCGAGGUUUGAAAUCUCUCCUCCAUCUGAGCCUUGCCUAUAAUAAUCUCGAGGCAUUACCCAAAGAUGUUUUCAAGGGGAUGGAUGCCUUAACCAAAGUGGAUCUUCGAGGAAACAUGUUCGUCUGUGACUGUAAACUGAAAUGGCUGGUUGAGUGGAUACACAACACCAAUGCAACAGUGGACCAGAUUCACUGUAGCGGGCCGCCACUUUAUCAAGGGAAGAAGAUCAACGAGCUGAUGCCCCAAGUGUUUGACUGUAUAACUGCAGAGUUCGUUUCCAAGAAGACCCUGAAGUUCGAGUCCAUUUCAGUCGAGACCUUCACCAUUGGGAAUGAUCAGUAUGUGGUGUUUGCACAGCCUUUUGCGGGAACAUGUAGCUUCAUGGAAUGGGACCACGUCAACAUGGAGUUCAGACCUUAUGACAGUAUAGAGAGCACCUCCACCGUGGUCUGUAAGCCAAUGGUGAUCGAUGACCAGCUUUUCAUUAUUGUUGCCCAACUUUUUGGGGGCUCACACAUUUACAAGCGGGACACAUCAGCCCACAAGUUCAUCAAGAUCCAAGACAUUGAUAUCCUGAAAAUCCGCAAGCCCAAUGACGUUGAGACAUUCCGCUUGGACGGCGAGUGGUUCUUCACAAUUGCUGACAGCUCCAAAGCAGGCUCCACUACUGUGUACAAGUGGAACGGCAACGGUUUCUACUCGCACCAGUCUCUACACCCGUGGCACCGUGACACGGACGUGGAGUACCUGGAGAUCGGAGGCAAACCCCAUCUAAUCCUGUCCAGCAGCUCGCAACGGCCCGUUGUCUAUCAGUGGAACCGGAUCCAGAAGAGGUUUGAGCGGCGCACAGACAUCCCUGAGACAGAGGACGUAUAUGCCGUCAAGCACUUCAGAGCCAGAGGGGAGCUUUAUAUCUGCCUGACGCGCUUCAUUGGUGAUUCAAAGGUGAUGCGGUGGGACGGUGCCAUGUUCACCGAGGUGCAGAACGUGCCGUCACGUGGCUCCAUGGUUUUCCAGCCUGUGAGAGUUGGAAGCUGGCAGUACGCCAUCCUUGGCAGCGACUACUCACUCACACAGGUCUACAAGUGGGACUCCAAGAAGGGCCGCUUCGUUCACUUCCAGGAGCUGAACGUCCAAGCGCCAAGGGCCUUCUCUCUGGUAUCCAUUGACAACCAUGAGCUCCUGCUCGCCUCCAGUUUCAAAGGGAGGACACAGAUCUACGAGCACCUCAUCGUCGAUCUGAGUAAUUGAAGAUUUUUUUGCUGAAAGUGCAGGGGGACAGACUGAUGGAGAAAGACGAGCUUGCUGUCUCCACUAGAACUCACACGCGUUCUCUAGAUGACUAACGAUGCUUCCAGAUGACCGCCUCUCUAGAAGUCCUUUGUGUCCUUCCUCAUUGUUGUCAUCAUCUAGUGUGCACUUUUUAACCCCUUCUCCUCUGAACAAAAACCAUUGUUCGUGUAUUAUCGCCCCGCAAACAAAAGCCAACGGGACAUUUCAGAGGGAUAACAAAGAAACAGAAAACUGCAAAUUAAGUGAUUAACUGUUGACAGAAUAAUAGGUUGGCCAGGAAAUUAGUAACACACUUUUACUGUAGUUUUGAGCAGUUU